AGUAGACUCAUAGUCAGAAACGUUCAACACGCCUCGCAGUGAAGAGGUGCUGUAACAUGGCGGUGACGGGAGAACAGUUAAGAAUUUCCCAAAUAGGACUUGUAGCGCGAAGCCCUGAAGGACAUGCAGCAAAAGGAAUGGCAAUUAAAGGACAUGAAGACCUUUGGGUUGAAAUUCAAGCCAAUACUUUUCGAAAUUGGGUAAACGAACAUUUACGAAGUGUCGGAAUGGAGGUGCGGGACCUUGCAAGUGAUUUUUGUGAUGGAACGCGAUUGUGUGCUCUUGUUGAAGUCCUGCAGAAAAGGAAAUUACGACCAUCAUGGAUCAAAAGACCGGCAAAUCAACAUCAGUACUUAGAGAACGUAACAUCCGCUUUAACAGCUGUCUCAGAAGAUGGUGUCAAACUUGUCAACAUUGGAAAUGUAGACAUAGUGAAUGGGAAUCUAAAACUGAUACUGGGGUUGAUAUGGUCUCUCAUUGUUCGUUAUCAGAUUGGAAGAUCAAAAUUUCCACCAAGAAAGCUGAUGCUUGCCUGGCUUAAGGCAGUACUACCGGAAUGUAGAGUUACCAACUUCACAACAGAUUGGAAUUCCGGCAUAUUUUUGAGUGCGCUGUUGGAUUACUGCGAGCCAGGACUAUUUCCUCAUUGGAAACAUCUGGAUCCUAAUGAUAGUGUGCGUAACUGUCGGACUGCCAUGGAGCUUGCAAGAGCUCAAUUUGCAGUUCCCAUGGUCCUGGAGCCAGAGUACCUUGCAUCUCCCUUCCUAGACGAGCUCUCCGGCAUGACAUACCUCUCUUACUUCAUGAAGGAAAAUAGUCCCGGUUUCCGAUCCACCUUACGUUGGGUGAACUCUCAGCUCAAGGAGAAACAUAUAUCUAACUUUACGAGAGACUGGAACGAUGGCAGUGUGUUGUGUGAUUUGACAACAUCUCUGGGAGCUCCAGCCAGGCACCAACUCAGCAAUGAUCCCCUCGUAUGGGAGUCCAAUCUCAACAAUGGUAUUAACGCUGGUCGGAAACUAGGGGUAGAACCCCUUCUGAGGGCCAAGGAUAUGGUUGACUCAAACGUAGAACAUCUGGGUGUUAUGGCGUAUGCUGCACACUUUCAGUGGAUACCCCCACGCACUGCUCCCUCCCUUACAGUGGCAGCAGGCAGCGACAGCCACACCACUAGGAUAAACACUAUGACAAACUUCAAAAUAGAAUGGCUGAGUGACGAGGUGGAUCAUCGAAACAUCAGUGUGGAGGUGAUAGGCCCUGAGCAGGAGAGGGUGGACUGCCGUCUCACAUUCGAUUCUGUUAGCGGCAAGGGCGUAUUUACUCCCACCCAUGUUGGCAUGCAUCAGGUUACAGUGUACAAUGAAGGAGAAGUGGUGAAGGGUUGUCCGUUCUACAUCCGGGCGAUGCCGGAGCUGUCUGACAUUACAUACACUGGUAUGGAGCCCUGUGCCGUCGGCUCCAUUGUGGAAGUGUUGGUGAAUUCUAAUGGAGCAAGGAGUGGGAACAUUGAUGUGGUGGCUAGGUCUCCUACAGGCCGUAGCCUGGACUGUCCGGUGGCUGAGCGAGGGGGGGUGUACACAGCAACCUUUCAACCCGACGAGGCUGGUGAGUGGAGCAUCGCAGUCAUGCAUAGUGGUGAGCUCAUCCAAGGCGGCCCCUUCACAUGCUUCGUCUUUGAUCCUGAUGGUGUCAAGCUGCUGGGUUUGGAGUCGCCCGCAAUCCCAGAAAGCAUUUUUGACUUUACAAUUGAUGCCCGAGGAACUGGAGGUUUGGGCAGAAUAAUUGUUGACAUCGUGCAAGAUAAACAUUCUCUCCCACACACAAUAGAGAAGGUAGGAGAUAGCAUAUACAACGUAUCUCUUCACACCAACCGGCCUGGCAAGUACAGGAUAUACGUCUACUUCAAUGGAUCUCUGGUUAAAGGUAGUCCAUUUGCUCUAAGGGUUGGUACUAGAGAACAGAUGAAGAUGGAACGCUACAAUUCAUCAGCUAGCAAAAACUCAUAUUCUUCAUCAACACAUGAGAGUAGUCGUUACUCAACAUUCAACAGAGUGCAUUCUCCAACUGUCCAUCAGAUCAGUUCUCCUGUCAACUCUCACAGUCCCAGUCCGUUCGGCUACCGAGGUGCCAGUCCUCUGGCAUCACCUCUACGCUCACCCGUGGAGAAGACUGCAUCUCCAGCAUUACGCAUCAAUAAUUCUUCGUUAGAAAAAUCAUCCUCAUCAGCUUUUCGAGUCAACAGUUCUUCAACAGAAAAGUCAUCCUCUGCAUUCCGGGUUCAUAGUUCACCAAUACUGAAGACUUCACCUGGCUUCAGGAUCAAUAGUUCUCCAGUAGAGAAAGUUUCUCCUGGUUUCCGAGUGAACAGUUCUCCUCCAGUUAAUGGUCUACACUCUCCUGUUCAUUCCCCUGGGUUCCGCAGCUCUCCCAGUCCACUGGCAAGCCCCAAUCAGAGUCUACAGUACAACACUUCCUCCACUGUUGACACUUCUUCCAAUGUCAGAGUGUCAACAAUGCUUUCCAAUCUAAGUCAGCGAAGGGAUUCUUGGGACGCCUUAAUCAAAACUCAAAAUAAUCUCAAUGAAGCAGACUUGAAGGUGUCAGGGGACAGUCUUCAACUGCUACCACUACACAGAGCCUCAACGCUGCACAUCCACACUGAUGCUCCUCUCGCACAGAUCAAUGUCACUGUUACAGCACCAUCCAAGCAGCAGCUACCUAUAAAAAUGACGCGCUCCUCUAGUCAGCAAGCCGUUGCCUACUUCACUGUGACGGAAGUGGGUGAACAUGCCAUUGAUGUUAAAGUCAAAGAUCAACGUGUUGCUGGCGCGCCUUUCAGGAGCCAUGCAUACGAUGCUUGUGCCAUAAAAGUUGGGAGGAUUCCAAACGGGAUGGUUGGACAACCAGUGGAAUUCGAAAUUGACGGCUCAGGAGCAGGCUCAGGGAAUCUGGAGAUCCUGGUCAAUGGAGGUCAUGUGACAAGCUUUGUGCGGAACCUUGGCAACCAAAGGUUUUUGGCAUCUUUUGUCCCACAUGAAGCCCUUAGCCAUCUAGUCGAGAUGAAGUUCAAUGGUGAAGCUGUGCCUGGCAGUCCUUGGCAAGUGGCCGUCAUGAGUGGGGGACUGGGCGGGGGAGCGCCCAAAAUGUCCGUCAUCGGAGAGGCCAUCAGACUAGUACCUGUUGACCAGGUGGCCUCUUACCAGAUCAGUGCUCUUGGAUUUCUCAGAGAAGACAUCCAUGCAAAUGUUAUCAGCCCGUCGAAGCGUGCUGUACACUCCAGUGUUGUCUCAGAACCGGGAGGUGUCUAUCGUGUGGAGUUCACUCCGACAGAGGUAGGCAGUCACCUGAUAGAAGUGACAGUGGCUGGAGAGAAACUGCCUGCAGGCCCUCUUCUGGCCAAGGUCUACAACGCAGCCCUCAUCCGAGUUACAGAUGUGGCUAGUGGGGUUGUGGGACAGCCUUGUCAGUUCCGAGUGGAUGCGAGCCAAGCAGGCGAGGGGCAGCUGGAGAUUUCCAUUAAUGAGGGGGAGGUACCGAACCAUGUGACAGUAGUGGGGGGUGGCCGCUGUCUCGUCAGCUUCACCCCUGAACACACCAAACCUCAUCUCAUUGAUAUUAAGUUCAACGGAGAAACAGUCACAGGCUGCCCGUUUGUAUGCAGUGUGUCAGACACUAGUCGGGUGUCUGUGAAUCUGAGUAGCCUGGAGCUGGUCCCAGUCAAUCAGGUAGCCAGGUUCCACAUGGCAGUGGACAGCAGUGGCUCAGCAGAGUUGGCUGUCGCCAUCACGGGACCUAGCUGUGAGCUACCCGUCAAGGUCACCGGUAAUGUGCACAGUGGCUUCACUGCGGAGUUCACACCCCGCGAGGUCGGUCCACACUCCAUCUCCGUCGAGUAUAACGGUCAUCCUGUAUCUGGCACUCCCUUUAUCGCCAAGGCCUACGAUGCCAAGAGAGUCUACGUUGGUCCCCUCCCCCAAGGUCAUGUGGGAAAACCUCUUCAGUUUACAGUGGAUGCCAGUCAGGCUGGGGAGGGGAACCUAGAGAUCACCAUCAGUGCUCAAGGGGUGAAUAUUCCCACUCAGGUCCACCCCCAGGGCAAUGCUAAGUUUGCUGUCAGUUUUGUGCCUAUCGAGCCUGUUGAUCAUGUCAUCAGCAUAUAUUUCAACAAGGAGGCCGUCCCAGGGUCCCUAUUUAUUGCUCCUGUCGUUGGGGAUUUCCCUCUGGUGACCGGAUCCUCCUUGUCCCAUGCCCCUCUGGGUGUCGAUUCAUAUUUCACAAUGAGCAAUGUAGCCGGCAGUUUGGAUGAUAUUGAGGUUAAUGUUGAGGGACCGAGCGGGCAGUCAGUGCCCGCCCAAGUGAAGGAUGCAGGUGGACAGACAUUCAAGGUAGAGUUCUGUCCACGAGUGGUUGGGGAACACAAGAUAGCUGUCAAUUAUCGCCAGGUGGCAGUGGCUGGUUCCCCCUUCAGCUGCAAGGUGUAUGAUGUCAACGCCAUCAAGGUCAAGUCUGUACAACGUGGUACAGUCGGCCAACCGGUCACUUUUCUAGUGGAGACAAGUCAAGCAGGACCUGGUAACUUGGAGGUGACAGUGAAUGGAGGUCGAGUAGCAACAUCAGCCCAAGCACAAGGACCUCACACCUAUGCCAUCUCCUUCACACCUCGGCAGGCCACAACUCACACGGUUGACUUGCGGUUCAAUGGGCGAGAUGUUCCAGGCAGUCCAUUCUCGUGCAGUGUGUCGGAGGCAGCACGUAUUGUUCUGUCUGGGGAGGACAAGGUGUCGGUGGACAAGCCUGCUACAUUUGUAGUGGAGUGCGAGCCCACGGUAGAGCCACCACAGGUUCAAGUUCUGUCGCCGUCACGCCAACCUGUGCCAGUCACUGUCAAGCCUAUGGAUGGACCUGGUCGCUUCUCCUGCACUCUCACUGCAAAGGAUGUUGGGGACCACAGUGUAGAGGUCAAGCUGGCAGGAGGCCAUGUGGAGGGUAGUCCUUUUCUCAUCAAGGCCUAUGAUGCUACCAAAGUCAAGGUGACAGACAUCAACUCCGGCACCGUCGGUAAACCUGUCUAUUUCAGCAUAAAUGCAAGCCAGGCAGGAGCUGGUAACCUGGAGAUCAUCGUGUCAGUCAACGGUUGCAAUGUACCCAACUAUGUACAGAGUGAAGGCAAUGCCAAGUUCCGGGUCAACUUCAAGCCAAGAGAAGCAGCACCACACAGCCUCAGUGUCAGGUUCAAUGGAGAGCCCAUACCAGGGUCACCAUUUACCUGUCGAGUGCUGGAGCCAGGCCAGGUGACAGUGAGUGGCUCCGGAGUGAAGAUGACCUCUGCAGGUCACCCUGCCCUCGUUCACGUGGAGGGGGCCAACACAUGUGAUGUGUCUGUCACUUCUCCGUCAAACCGCAAGUUACCUGUCAAGUUAGAUCGCUCAGACAACAGAUACAUAGCUGAGUUUACUCCAGUAGAAGUUGGUCGUCAUUUAGUGGCAGUUGAGGCAGACAAUCAAGCAGUGAAAGGCAGUCCCUUCCCCUGUAACGUGUACAAUGUCAAUAACAUCAAGGUUACAGGGCUCGGACCUGCUAAAAUUGGCAAGCCUGUAACAUUCAGUGUGGAUGCGAUGGAGGCUGGGGAGGGCACCCUGGAGCUGGUGAUCAGUACCCAGCAGAGUACAGUCAAGGCAGAGGUGGUGGCCUGCUCGCGGGGACUGUACGAUGUGACAUUCGUGCCUCACCAGCUGGCUCCACAUUUUGUCAACAUCACCUUCAAUGAGGAAGAUGUACCAGGUAGUCCAUACCGGUGUGAGGUGAUGCAGCUGCCCAGCAAGAAGGCAACGGCUACAGCACGCGGGGAGGGACUCAAUCAGGUGGUGUUGGGCACAGCAGCUUACUUCGAGAUCAACCCUCAUUCCUCUGAUCAUGGCACUCUUGACGCUCAGGUUAUUGGACCCGAUGGAUCGCGAGUGCCAUGCAACAUAGAGAAGCUGGAGACUGGUCUGUACCGGGCCAAGUACAGGCCCACCAUAGUCGGUACCCACAGUGUGACGGUGACACAGCGCAAGCAACCAAUCACCAAGCAACCCUUCACUGUCCAGGUGUUCGACCCCUUGCAGGUCAAGCUGACUGAGCUCAGUGAGGCUUUCUGCCACCGGGCAGCCACAUUCAAAGUGGACACAAGGGGAGCAGGUUCUGGAGCACUGUCGGUCAGCAUCCGAGCAGCUGGAAGUGAGGUGAAACACACACUGCGAGAGCUGGAGACUCCAGGCCUGUACCAGGUUGUUUACCAUCCUCAGCUAGCCAUUCCUCACAAAAUACAUGUAAAAUACAACAGCAUGAACAUUGCAGGUUGUCCAAUGGAAGUGACAGUUUCGGACCCUGCAGUCGGCCGAGACGUGUGUGCAACAGGUCUUGGCUUAUACCAGUCACGUGCCGGCAGAGUAACUCACUUCACUAUCGAGACAGCAGGUCGACCGGCUCAGGAGUUUGAUGUGGUCAUCACAGGGCCACAAGGGAGUGCAGUUCCAGUACGCUGUUAUCAGCAGAAGGAUGGUAACCUCAUGGCAGAGUUUACAGCUGCCAGCACAGGAGUGUACAAGAUAGAUGUACUGCAAGGAUCAAGACCAGUUAGAGGCUCUCCUUACCACUGUCAAGUAUUCGAUGCCACCAAACUCAAGAUAGAGACUUUAGCUGCUAACAGUGUCUCAGUCAACGAGAACAUAUCAUUCAAGUUGCUGAGGAAGAAUGCAGGAUUUGCUGAGCUGGAUGUGACUGUUCGCAGUCCGCUAGGGCAGGACUUGCCUCUGUCUGUACGCAGCAUCGGUGAGGAGACUGAUCUUAUCGAACUCUGUCCUUCUCUACCCGGUAACUACUGCUUCCACAUCACCUAUGGAGGUGACAGCAUACCAGAUUCUCCACUAACAUUCACAGUGGUUGAGUCUGGGGUAGCAAGAGCUUGGGGCCAGGGACUGUCUCGAGCCUUGCUCGAUACACCCGCGCGCUUCCAUGUGGCAUGUAACGGUGUGUCGGCACCUGUGAAGCCUGAUGUGACCAUGGAAGGACCAGGAGAUACCUCUGUCAAGUGUCUAGUCACCAAAGCACCGAACAAUGGAGAGUACGAGGUUACAUACACAGCCAAUAAAGUUGGAGUCUAUGAUAUUCGAAUCAGCUGUAAUGGCAAGCCUAUUGCAGGUUCUCCAUUCCGAGCAUAUGUUGUGUGUGUGGACCAAGUGAGACUCCUUGCAGAUAUCCCCGGUGGGCGAUUACCUCUCUCUGUUCAUCUACCGACAAGGCUCACCUUUGAUGUGGCUCAGGCUGGACCAGGUGAUCUUGUGGCAGAGUGCAAAGCUCCUCACAAUUCUACACUACCAGUGCCAAUAGAGUCACCGUCCCCUGACAGGCUACAAGUUAUUCUGACACCCCGUGCCCCCGGCCCCCAUACCCUCCAUCUGAGUUACGGUGGCUUCCCUCUUCCCUGUAGUCCCAUCCUGGCUUUGGCAGAAGGUGGUACAGGGGGUGUCCGAGUCAUUCUCACAGGUAAAGGGCUGGCAGGUGCAGUGUGUAACCAGCAAGCAGAGUUCACCAUAGACGGCUCCCAGGCUGGCCCAGGAAUGCCUGAAGUGAGUCUAACAGGCAUGAAAAACGACAUCAAGGUGAAUUUGCAUCAAGUGGGUGAGAACGUGUACAGAGCAACAUACAUCCCCCAUCACCCUGGCGCUUAUCUGCUCAAUGUCAUGUGGUCUGACAGGCAAGUGAAGGGGUGCCCACUGAAGGUAACUGUGACAGCUGUCUGUGACGCAUCCAGAGUUAUCUGCUCAGGGGAUGGUCUCGGCAUUGGCACAGUUGGCAAGGACAUCCGCAGCUUCAUUGAUACCAGAACAGCAGGUCCAGGAGAGUUAAGUGCACACUGUGUGGGACCUCACAAGGUAGCUUACUGCGAACUGUACGACCACAGUGAUGGCACAUUCACUCUGAAUGUCAAGCCCCAAGAGGCCGGCAGACAUACUCUCACUGUCAAAUAUGGAGGUGUGGACGUGCCUGGCAGCCCGUUUUGUCUGCGAGUGUCAGGAGCUCCAGAUGCCAGCAAAGUGAGAGUCUAUGGCCCAGGCGUUGAACACGGUGUUCUUGCAACCUUCCAGAGCCGGUUUAUCUGCGAUACCCGAGGCGCGGGAGCUGGCCAACUGACUGUCAGAGUCAGGGGUCCAAAGGGUGCUUUCCGAGUUGAAAUGCAGCGUGAGUCACAAAAGGACCGAACAAUCCUGUGCAAAUUCGACCCCACUGAGCCAGGAGACUACAGAGUGGAAGUCAAGUGGGCAGGAGAGAAUGUUCCUGGUUCUCCCUUUAUGGUCAUGAUCUUUGACACACAAGAGGAACUAAAUCGGUUUUUAUCGGGAAGCCAAUCACCUGGAUCUGACCUGUACGGCAGUGUCGCCUACUCUACUGGUUAUGCCCACAUUACACCAUAGGUCCACUAUCACUUGGUAGUAGUAUCCACAAAGUGGAAAGGUUGUGAGCGUCUGAUGAGUUCAUAUUCAAUAUUUCUAAAAGCAAGAAACAUUUUAUUAAAUAUAAAUUGUAAAUCUCAUGUACUGGCUUAGUGAAUUCACUAUUUUGACAAUAUUUAAAAAGAACAUAUUGUGUUUUUAAACAUUCCAAUAUUUUAUGUGAUAUAAAAUAUAAGAGGUAAUGUCAAACUAAA